CAAUUCGUCAGUCACUGACGUAACUGAGAGACGAUAAGAGUUUGUGGAUAUUGUUUUUAUUUAAUGCUGAAUUUUCAAAUCUGCCAUAUGGUUUCAAGAGGGCCAGCAGUGGUGCUCUAUUCAUGUUUUUCGGUCUUUUCUUCAGAACUGGGUCUGCUGUCAGCUGACUAACGUAACAGUUUUCAGAUGUUGAACUGGAUUUCAUAACGGGGCGGGACCAAAUCACUCCGAAACAGAAGAGUGGAGAAAACAAGCUUAAAAGGAUUCCUAAACAUUCAAAGUAUUUCGUAAGAGUUAACCUCAUUAAGGGAUCAGCAAGAUGGAAGACGAACCGCGGAUCGAAUCUGGAGAAGAUCGGAAUCCCGGAGAGGUUCUGCACAUUCGCUUUCAGAAAAACCCCAAUCAAAAACUCAAAUACCUGGAGGCGGAACCCAAAAUACUGGGGGUAACACAAAUUGCGUUCGCUGUCUUUUUCAUAUUCAUGGUUGUGAUGCUCUAUGUGAAUGACCUGGGCAUGUAUACAGAUGUGGGCAUGGUCACAGGUGGCACCACCUCGAUGAUUAUCAUUAUUGCUGGAAGUCUGGCAAUAGCUGCACAGAAUCUUCACCUCCCAACUCUAAAGGCUUGUUUAGGAAUGCAAGUGGUGGCCUGUAUGGCCUCUGUGAUCUCCAUAUUCCUGCACAUAAGUAUUUUCCCUGCCGUGUAUUACUGUUGGGCGCAUGAUUUAGAGUCCUCCCAAAAGACAACAUGCCAAAAUGUAACCACUGGCUUUGGAAAUUACCUGGGAUUACAAAAGCUUGUGAUUGGAGUCCACAUUGCCCUUUCUGCCACUUUAGCUGCAUACUGCUGCAAGGUCAUUCAGUGCUGCUCUCCAGUGUCCAGUGUGCCAGUAAUCACGGUUAAUGGACCUCCAGAUCCUCAGUGAGGACAGUUUUAGUGAUGAGCUGUUCAGAGCCAGGAGCAAUAUUAUAUCAUAUAUAUCCACAUACAUAUAACAGCUGUUUUUUCAACACAUGUAUCACAAUUUCAUGUUCAGUUUUAUACAUUUUUAGAUAUAUCUAUGAAUUACUGUGAAUUUAAACUUUAUAUUUUGUUUUAACGUUUCUAAUAUUCCAUCACAUUUAAUCAUAUGAUUUGCAUUAACUUUCUUUUCCAUAAAAAAAACAGUGUAGCCUCUGUGCUGCAAUGCGUAAUUUCUGUCCAACCCGUGGCACUGAACAGUUUUGCAAAAAUGACAAUGACUGAGAACUGCUAUAAUGAUUAUAAAGUCCCACUCCAAACUCACUCUAUUGACUGUCGAACCACUUAAUUAAACAGAGCAAUACUGUAAAUGCUAAUAGCUGCAAUGCUUUCAUUUGUCAAGGAAUUCAGCCAGUAUUCAUUGCAGCAAUAGUCAUCCUCACGGUUUCUAGAUUCUUUCUAAUGGCCAUCUGUUUCCAUCCUGUUUAAACAUGCAAAUAGAACAUUUGUGAGUAGUAAGUCAACAUUACAACCAAAUAUCACCAACAAGGAAUAAACCAAAAAUAAUGCUUCACAAAAACCACUAAAACAAAGUACACUGAUUUAUUGUUCAAUAAAUAUCCAUACAUGAUUUCAGAAACAACAUAUUCACAUUUAAAUUUAUUUAAACCCAGUUGUUUUAAAAACACACACUAUCCAAUAAUUAUUCUCGUCUUGACUGAGCUUACACAAUGUUCAAACAUGUAUUACUGCGGAAU